AUGUCUACGCCGGAUGGCCAAAGCGUCGCGGAAUCUACAGACAAGGGGCAGGAUGAUGAACUAAACCGCGAGCGACAGCACGCCUCGUGGACGAUGUCGAUGGCCGUCGAGGACUCGAUAUCAUGGACGUUCGAGGGCAAGGACGUUUGA